GUUCGGCCCCGUCGCCCCUGUUCCACCGAUAGGCUGGGCGGAGCGCCGCUAGGCCGCCCCGCGGUUGCCAUGGUUACCGCGCACCCGGAACUGCCGUGAGGGGGAGGCCGCGGCCGCCCCGGCCCCUCUGAGGCCGCCCCCGGCCAUGGCCCGGGGGGCGGGAGAGGCAGCCGCGGAGGGGCAGCUGGGAGAUGACAGCCUGUCUGUGAUAACCUGUGAAUCAGAUGCAGAAAUGAAGUUAAAGAAGAGAAUCUUUCACAAGCCUCCGAAAUCACCAAAGUCUCCGUACAGCUCUAGCACACAACUGUAUCCUAAAAAAACCGCCGUUUGGAGAUCUCUGCAGGGAGCAGGCAGUACGCGCUUUGAGACCGCAGCUGUAAAAAACCCGAGACAGAUGUGGCUGGGAUCACUGAAACAAGGAGUGAGCCACCCACUGAAAUCAGAUGUUGAUGUGGGGCAUGCGCGAUCUAGUGUUUCUAGUAGCACUCCAGAGUAUUUGAAGGAAGCUCUAGGAAUGAAGAAGCCAAAACAUUCCCGUUCUUCUAGUAAUGGCUAUAUUCCUGGAACUCCUGACUACAAAGAAAAAGAAGAUAUGUAUGAUGAAAUAAUAGAACUUAAAAAGACAAUACAAGCUCAGAAAAAUGAAGGAGAUCGAAUGAAAACUAAGCUGCGUCGACUAGAAGAAGAGAAUAACAGAAAGGAUAAACAGAUUGAGCAACUGUUGGAUCAUUCCAAGUGCUCUGAGCUGGCACGAGCUUUGUCAGAAAAGAAGUCUGACAAUGGAUGGGUGGUUAGUGGAUUAAAGCAAAAGAUUCUCAAGCCAGAACAACAGUGCAAGGAGGAAGACAAGGCUAUCAACAAAUUCCAGUCAGACGUGAAGACCAGUAAUUUGGAAGAAAUGAGGAUAGCUAUGGAAACCUACUAUGAAGAGGUUCAUCGUCUCCAAGUCCUCCUGGCAAAAUCUGAAACUAUGAGGAAAAAUACAGAGGGCAGAGAUACCCAAAAACGACUAAAGGCACUGAACGCUGCUGUCCUGAGAUUAUCCCGGAACAUCAAGGAAUUACAGAAUGAGAAUCGGAGUCUGAAAGAAGAUCUAGAUCAUGUAGUGAGCGCUUCUCUUGCAUCCAAUAAAACAAAAAAUUACAGUGAAUGGAGCAAGCAGAGGCUGAUGAGGCGGAUUUUGGAACUAGAAAAGAAACUAGGUGCCAUGGAGAACAGCAGGGUAUCACCAGCAGAUAGUGAGUCAUCCCAGUUACUUGCUGUGUCAUCUUCACCUUCUGCAGACCCGGAUCAUCCAGACUCUCAACAGGUAGACCACGUUAAAGAAUGCCAUCACCUCCGAGGGCUAGUGAAGAAACUGAAGAGUGAUAGGAGAGCACUUGAAAAACUCCUACUUAGUAAAGAAUUAGAUAUCAACCAGUUGCUGCAAGCAAAGGCUGAAGUGGAGUUGGAGCUGCAGAAGUGGCAGAAUAAGAAAGAAGAUAAAAGUAGGGAGGAACAGACUUUAAGCCAUAAUGAGGAAAUCCAGAUCCUUACACAGAAAGUUGGGAAAUCAGAGGAAACAUUGGAGGAAGAGAAGAGUGAAAUGGCAAAAGAUACAAUGGAAAAGCUUAAUAAGUCCUCACCAGUCUGCACGGUUAAAGGCGAAGAAGAUCAUAGGAAGGAACAAGCAGCCAAAUGCAUUCAGAGGUGGUGGAAGUUGUACCAAAACAAGAAAGAAGAAAUUGCUCUGGAUGAGGCGGUUGUUGUGCUUCAGGCAGCUUUCAGAGGACAUCUAGCUCGGCAGAAACUGUUACUGAGUAGUGGGAUGCAUGAUGCAAAAUCUAACAACAGAAAUAGCCUUGGAAAAAUGAACUCCUGUAUGUCUCAUGUGUCAAACUCUUUGAGCUCGUCUGCUGACUGUGAGGAGAAAGAGGGGACUGUGACAUUCAUCCAGUCCGUUUUCAGGGCUCACUUAGCACGUGCAGUACUGCUUGAGGAGAGGCUAUGCAACGUGUAUUUUUGCAGACCCUCUGUGUCCAGUGCAACAAGUGAGAAAGCAGAUUCUGCAGUCUACGUUACAGAGAAGAAACCAGUCUCAGCAGCACUCCAGAGAACUCCUUCAGUCAUCAUUUCACCUCUUCUUGCCAGGUCUUCUGAGAAGCAAUCGCAGCCCACUCUGUCUGUGGAUGAAGCUCACUCAGAUGAUUCAGAUGAUAUUGUCAUCGUUCCUCCAUUGUUACGGAUGAAGAAAAACUCUACCCACUUUUGUAAUGGGCCCCGAUGAUCUUGAAUUAUUAGAUUCACAAACAAAAAUAUUUAUUUGAAGGUAAAGUAUAUCAAAGAUGAAAAGGAGGAGUAUUAGCCUACAGUUGUCACUAUUUCAGAUGUAAAUUAAUAAUUGUCUGAUAUGUCUGACUACAUGGCUAAAAGCUCCUGACUGACCGUUAUGCUUAUCCUUCUGGUACGGAGAGUUUGAAUUUUAAAAAAGACUAAAACAAAACAAUGUUUUGUCUCACAGAUUCAAUUAUCAAUUUUAAAUGAAAGCCGUAAAGUCUUAAAAUAUGUCAAACAAUGUCUUGUUUCAGGUUGGCUGAAAUACUUUGUUUCAUCAGAAAGUGAAAAAUAACUUGGCUCCAAUUUUCAGCUUGUGUAUGUGAAGGGGAACAGCUCAUAUUUGCUACAAGGUUCUCUCUAUUUAAAACUUUAAUAGUGUCAUAUUCUAAUAUGUUUUGUUUUGUUUAUUUUUUUACACUAAACUUUUAGUCUAUGCAGAUCAAUAAAGUCUUCUAGGAAAUCACUUCUGUCUCAUAGGGCUACUCUAGGCCUACUGUAGCUGCAUGGUUUCCUUAUUUAUUGCUUUUUCCAAAUGUGUUUGCUAUAAUAUGUAUAGCACUGUUUUGUAUUUGAAAUGUCUAAUCACAUAAUCACUUUUUUUUUUUUAUAUUUGUCAGAGAAGGGUGUAAUAGCAGGAGUGUUCUGUAAAGGAUGCCCUUGUGACUGCUUUUUCUGCUUACAUAUCAGUGAGUGGAGUACGCAGGGUCAUUUCUAAGUGCAAAUAUUUGACGUAGAAGAUACAUUGAUUUAUGUUCUGUUUUAGCUUACAUCACUUGACUGAAAUUUUGACUAGCUAGAUUGCUCAUACACUGAGCACUAAGGGAUUUUAAGUCUAAUUUUGCUUUGCUGUUGUUGAUCUCUCUUCUCAGCACCGCUUUUGUGUGCGUGCACAUCAGCAGUGUAUGCUGCAAGUGCACCAUGAGACCAGUCACAGGCUGGGAGAGGGCUCACAAGACACAGCUGUCUUCUGCUGUGAGGUAAAGCUAUGAGGCUUACUGCUGGAAAGCCUGGGCACUGCCCACUGUUUUCUGAGGGACGUGGAUUGGGAUGAGCAACAUAUUCAGACCCAUGCAGCCUGAGCAGAAGCAGUAGGUUGGCUUAUAAUAGAUAAUAAGACUACAUCCGGAAAUAACACUAAUUGACAAUAUCUUUAGCAGGCUCCAUGAAAGGACCAAUGACAUAACGGACUGUGGACAAUACAGUUAGAGGAGUCUUUCCAAAUCUUUUACACAAAGUGUACCUCUUCUUGCUGGAAGGAGGAGCUUUUAGUCCAGACUAUUGUUCCAGCAUCCUUCAAAAGCAUGAAAAUGCCUUUUUAUGAAAGGUGAACUGGGUAAAUUAUGUGAUAUUUACUGGAAGUAGAAUUUCAUUUUGCAAACAGCAAAGUUUUUGUAGAGACCCUAAUGGUUCUUUGUCAUCAAGGAGUAAUAAAGUCACCUGUAAACAGAAAGCAUGCUUUUAAAUAGAAGAUUUUUAUCACCUUUUCCCUCUUCUUUUUUUAAAUUAAAAAUCAGUCACCGCUGUUUUGCAGAAUACUAAUAAGCCAGAGCUGUCUCAGUUCUCUGAUUUCAAUGAAGCACUAUCUGAGCUUAUCAUAGUUCAUGCCAAUACUUGCAGCCAAAGGAAACUGGAUGGCUGCAGCACAAUGCAGCUGAUUUCAUUUAAUCCCAUCAGUGGAAAUGCUGCCUUUGCUUUUUCCAAAGGCAGUUUUGGGAGCUCUCCAUACCCAAAGCAGUCUGAAGAAUGUCAUUUAUACUUGUGUUGGGUAAAUUUUUCCUGCUGGUAGCUUGGUCACAUGACUGUCAUCUGCAGCAAGGAUAAAUAUAUAUAAAAUAAAAGGGAUAAAAACCUCUUGGUAGAAGCUUAGACUGUUUCCCUCUUUUUCUGACAGUCAGGUUAUAAAAAAGUAAUUUUGCUAAAUAGAAGCAGAGCUGUAUUGAGUUGCUUAUGUAUAAUAUUUCAAGUCUGUAACUGUGACUCUGUCAUGGAUACCUCCAGAGAGAGUAACUAGAGCUGAGGUCUCUGACACAUCAAGGAGAGAGUAUGUAGUGUACGUCAGGACCGAGACUGAUAAAAAAAACCUACCUAACUGUUACCCUUUAGGGAAAUACUUGGACAGCAAAUAUGAUGAUGACAUUUACUUUAGCGUACCAUAACAAAGAACAAGUAUGAAGCAUCAGGAAGAAGAAAUGGAGUAGAAAGGCUUGUGUUUUAACUAGGCAUACGAUUAGCAGUAGAACAGCUGAGUUCCAGGGUAAAGGAGAGAGAAUUGCUUGGUGUGACCCAAAGUCAUAGACAGAAGGGUGAAAAGGAACAAACACCUUCUGAGGUUAAUGAAAAUGUCUCUAGAACUUCCUAAAUUCAAUUCUAUCUGAUAACCAUUAAAAAUAAAUAAAUCUGAUACCUAAUUGAACAGGCUUCAAACACAUAACUUUGUUUGAAAGAUAACUAUAUGCUCACAGGAUAUAGAAAGUUUGGUUUAGUACAUUAGAAAGAGAAACCUCUGCAGCAUUAAUAGCCUUUAAUGUUUUUUCAUUAUAUGCUAUAAUGGAAUGUGUUGAAAGGAGUAUUAAUUGACACUGUAGGUUUCAUUCUGUGGCUGUCUGAAUGCCAGCCCAUGUAAAUCUGGGGAGAGGUGUGGAGCAAUGAAGGAAGAAAAAGUUAAUUUCAGAGGAAGUGGCAUAUUUUUUUUUUUUCUUUAACUCAACAGAGAGCUGAGGACAGUAAAAAUCUGUGUGGCUGAAACCAGCCAAGAUAGGCACUAUAAAAACACUCAGUUUAAAUUAAAAAACAACAUGUUUUCUGUACAAAGUACUGGUAACCUUGUGGGGGCAUCAAGGUCCUGAAUUAAAAUUAAAUUCCACUUUAAGCUACCUAUUAGCACACUUUCCAUCCUGCUGAUACACAUGUUCUGUGUGGGAUAAUGCUGCCUAACUUAAAACCUUUUGCAGUUUACAUACUGUUUAGUUAGGAAUCACGUGUGAAUAUAGAGAUCUGACUUUCAUGGGAUGUGAUCUCUCUUGAUCUUUUUCUCUCCUUAAGUGCCUAUGCCUGUAAAUUUUUAUUGCACCAUCAAGACUUGAAAAAUAUAACGUUUCCUAUGUAGCUAUACAAAUAAUCCCUACGCAGGCAACUUUUUAUAUAGAAGUAUCAAGCUUGGCAUAUAUGAGAAAGCCAUUGAUUUUUACGAUCAUUUUAAAAACUACAACUGCACAAAUCUUGUAUGUAAGUUACUUUGGGAUCUUUUAAAAGUUGAAAUAAUUGCAAUGUAUUUUCUUCUGACUAUUGAACUUUCAAAUUAAGUUCAAGCUUGUAAAUUAAUUGUUCAUGCAUUCCUGCUGCAGUUGCUGUGCUUGUAUUGCUGCUCUGGCCUCUGCUGCUUGCUCCUGUGUUUUCACUUUGCACCUAGGUUGACCUUUUACCUCGGGCUGUUUUGCUGAGCCAGUCCUGAGUAGUCCAGUCUCCUCCAUUCUGCAAGACAAGUAAUGAGGCUAGUAAAAAGUUAAGUCUUAAACACGUAGGGUGUGAAUUUCUUCUUAAUACAUGUUCAAAGUCCUCCCAUCAGUAGGGUGAACAAUGCUCUUGACCAAAGCCUAGUGCAAUUGCCAGCAGUGAUGGGCUUUUCCUUUCAGUCUUGGUUUCUGGUAUUUGAUUCAAGAGAGGAAAUCUGUCACAUGUUUCUAAAACUAAAAGCCAUACCAUUGCCUCAAAUAUGUGUGGCUUUGUGCAGAGUACAGCAAGUUUAAUUUAUGUCUGUUCAUUUGUUGUGCUGCUUGCUUGUUGGUUGUAACAGUCAUAGCGACCAGUUACUAAACCAGUGAAAUGGGAGUAAUAAAGUAAUAAUAAUUAUAAAAAAAAAAAAUGUGAUGACUGUUCCAAUUAAUCUGCCAGGAGGAGUGAAGGGGGAGCAGAUGUGCAUAAGCAGCAUUGGUUGUUGCUUAUAUGUGGCCUUUAGCAUUCAUUCUGUCCUCACUGUGCUUGAAGGAAUAGCCUUGAACAGCAAGUGUUGCUAUGUUCUAUACUCCCUUGUAUUCCACUGAUUAAGUUGUACCCUGCUCCUCUUGCCCUUUCCACUGUCUGGCUGUCCUAAUGACUUUUUUUAAAAUCUGAGAGCAUAUGUAUUCUACAUCUGUUCUGAUCUCCAGGAAAGUGUUCAUGUUGUUCCCCUCGCUGGGGCUCUGUAUAAACAAAACUUCCUCCCUUCAAGAUGUUGCUCAGAUUGUAACAGCUCCCCUACUGUUUGGUAGAUUUUUUGCCAGUGUGCCCCAAAAGACACUUCACACUGGGUAUCACGUAAGCCCCUUUAGGGCUUCUGUUCUUGGUAGUAUGAACAGAUGUGUCAUAAAAUCUUGAUGCCCAAAAUGAUCUGAAAAGAACCAGGAGAGACAUCGUGCCUGUUGUAAGGGGCUGUCUUACCUCUCUCGCUAUCAGCCAGAUCAUACCACACCUGAGUCUUGCUCUUCUGCCCCACCUCAGCUUAUCAGUUCUGAAGAAUGAUCUUCCCUUUCAGUAAUGCAGUGGAGCUUGCGAGUCUGCCCUGUAAUAUAAAUUUAGAAAUAAUAUACUGUAAGAUCUGCCAUUUGAUUACAGUGCAGCUGGAAAAAAAAAAAAAAAAAAA